CCGAGCCAUUUAGCUGUUUCUCUACCGAACGAGCAUGUCAGGGAAAGUCGUGGCUUGUCGGGAGAUCGACGCCCACUCUGCAGAUCUCAACACACUCAGUCAGGAAAUCUGGAAACACCCAGAACUUCAGUAUGCAGAAACGUUUGCCCACGAUUAUCUAUCCGCAUUUCUUGAGAAGCAUGGAUUUGAGGUUGAGAGGAAUUACAAACUGAAUACAGCGUUCCGGGCAGUGUUUGGUCAAGAUGGGACAGGUCCUCAUGUGGCCGUACUGUGUGAAUAUGAUGCCCUGCCGGAGAUCGGACACGCUUGUGGCCACAACCUGAUUGCUGAAGUGGGCGUGGCAGCGGGCCUUGGGGUGAAGGCGGCGUUACAGGCCACAGGGUCAGGAGGGAAGAUAACCGUUCUGGGCACUCCAGCAGAGGAGGGGGGAGGCGGCAAGAUUGAUCUUAUCCAUGCCAAUGCAUUUAAAGGGGUAGACGUGGCAAUGAUGGCUCAUCCAGCACCGUUCACAACUGUUGACGUCUUUUGUUUAUCGAGAGAGCAGUGCACCAUCAAGUUCCAAGGCAAGGCGUCUCACGCUGCGGGAUUUCCCUGGGAGGGCAUCAACGCUCUUGACGCCGCCGUCCUGUGCUACCAGAACAUCUCCUGUCUCAGACAACAGAUGAAACCUGACUGGAGGGUCCAUGGGAUAAUCAAGAAUGGGGGAGCCAAACCCAACAUUAUCCCAGAGCUGACGGAACUCGAAUACUACCUGCGGACACCUAGUGAUGACGAUAUGGGUGUUUUGAAAGAGAAGUUUAUUCAGUGCAUCAUGGCGGCAGUAGCAGCAACUGGAUGUAAGGUUGAAUAUGACUUUGAUCCAAAGUCAUAUUCCAACGUCGUCACAAACAGGUCCCUAGCGAAGGCUUUCACCACUAACGCUAAUACAACGGGGAUAGAAUUUACACCGAAGGAGAAAUAUGCAGGUCUGGCAUUGGGGUCCACAGACAUGGGCAACGUUUCGUAUGUUGUCCCCAGCAUCCAUCCUAUGUUCUACGUCGGAGUCGAAGGCUGUCUUAACCAUACGAGAGAAUUCACAACGGCAUCUGGGUCUCCCGAAGCGCAACCCGUCACACUAAACGUCAGCAAGGCCCUCGCCAUGACAGCCAUCGACGUCUACACACUGCCGGGGAUGCUGUCGGACAUAAAAAGAGACUUCAAGAAUGACACGAAAUACAGUUAAGCAGUCAUCUGUGGGAGCAGUAAUAAGCAGACUGAAUAAUAAUUGUAUUGACGUUUUAUGAUAAAAAAAAGAACAGGAAGCAAGUAUAGUGUAUCCAUUGGAGCUUAUUAUAUGUGACUUACCAGGGGAAAAGGGACCUUAUGGGUGCUAGGAUACAAUUGUGCUGUGACGUCUUAAAGAAAGACGUUUAAAUGAAAAAUGAUACU